AACCCAUUCUCUACUUCCCUCUUCAUCAAUAAAUAACAACUUCUUCCCAAGUCUUAACUCCUAACAUCCAACCCUUUAUUCCCAAUCCUUUACACUUUCUUUUUCAUCUACAUAACUAAAAAAAUGUGCCCUCUAGAAACCAAACUCAUCUCCUCCACCUCAGCAAGAGCUGUCCUACAACCCACCUGCAACCGUGAGGUGGGCCCCAAAUCAUUAGACCGCCGCAACUCCUUCACAAAAAUAGCCCCUAAAACACCAUCACCACCGCCGCCACCACCGCGCACCACCACCACCACCAAAACAAAGCCCACUUCCCCAUCUUCCCCUAAGCUAAGAUCUCCUCGACCGCCAGCGAUUAAAAGGGGAAAUGACAAUAAUACCCUUACUUCUAGUUCGGAUAAAAUUACCCUCCCUAAAGUAAAACUUACACGUUCAGUUUCUACCAUAGAGAGAAAAAAGAGUAAAAAUUUAGGAAUGGAGCCUUGUUUAAUGAUGGGGUAUUCUUCAUCUUUAAUAACUGAAUCUCCAGGAAGUAUUGCUGCUGUAAGAAGGGAACAAAUGGCGCUUCAAAAUGCAGAAAGAAAGAUGAAAAUUGCUCAUUAUGGAAGGUCAAAAUCUGCUAAAUUUGAAUCUAAAGUUUCUCCUUUGGUUCAAUCUUUGGGGAAUAUUAAGACUUCUGAAAGUCCCGUUCUUGAACGAAGAUGCACUUCUAUUACUCCUAAUUCUGAUCCUUUGUUUGUUUCUUAUCAUGAUGAGGAAUGGGGAGUACCAGUUCAUGAUGACAAGAUGUUGUUCGAAUUGUUAGUAUUGAGCGGUGCACAAGUAGGCUCUGAUUGGACAUCUAUCUUGAGGAGACGUCAAGACUUUAGGGAAGCAUUUUCAGGAUAUGAAGCUGAAAUAGUGGCCAAUUUUACAGAAAAGCAAAUUAUAUUAAUUAGUACACAAUACGCCAUUGAUAUUGGUAGAGUUCGAGGAGUUGUUGACAAUGCUAAAAGUAUCAUCCAGAUUAAAAAAGAAUUUGGUUCAUUUGACAAUUACAUUUGGGGCUUUGUAAACAACAAGCCUAUUUCUCCACAAUACAAGUUCGCCCAUAAAAUCCCGGUUAAGACAUCGAAAUCGGAAAGCAUUAGCAAGGAUAUGGUCAGGCGAGGCCUCCGGACUGUUGGCCCAUCCGCGGUUCAUUCCUUCAUGCAGGCAGCUGGACUCACUAACGACCACUUGAUCACCUGCUACAGACACCUCCAAUGCACAACUUUGGGUUCGUCACGUGAUUAGUAGUCUUAAGUCCUAACCAAUAAUAUUUUUAGGAAAAAAUAUAUCGUAUUUUUUAUUCAGUUUUUAAGAGGCUUGACGUAACACAUUUAUAUAACUCAAUGCAACAUGCUUGUGUUUGUAACAUAUUGAACAAGGAAAGUUAUUGGAUUUAGAAGUAGUUGUGGAUUGUAAGUUGUAAAAGACAAGGGCUUUCUUUCUUUAUUUUUUGUUUUUAUUUUGGGUAGAGUUGAAUGGUUUGUGAUUGGUGUAUAUGUUUAUGAUUAUUCCGUGUGUUUAAUGAAAAUUUACAAAAAAAAAUGUUAUUACUUGAAA